GAUAUUUCACACAGGGACAGAUUUUGAAUAGCUAUCAUUUACUCAAAUAUAUGGAUAACAGCAUAGUUUUCUUUGAAACAGACAAAAGUAACAACAUCUUUUCAAUCAUGGAUUUUAAAAAACAUGAACUUCAGAAAUAUGUGGCUCUAAGUAUUGGGAUACUUGCACAUUUCAUGUCAGGUAUUGUGUUCGGAUUCAAUGCAUAUGCAAUUGCCCUGAAACAGACAUUCAACUAUACUCAAACUGAACUGGAAUAUAUCGCAUCUAGUGGUGAUUUGGGACUUUGUUUCUCCUUUCCGGCAGGUAUUGUCUUUGACCAUUUCGGACCUAGAGUAGCAUGUAUUAUCUCACUUGUCCUCUCUGGCUUAGGAUUUGGACUUAUGUCGACAGCAACAAACUUUACGAUAUUCUUCACUUCAAAAAGUUGGCUUUUAUGUGUUUUUUAUUUCAUGGCAUCAGUUGGAACUAUAUUUAUAUAUAUAGCAUCGGCUGUGGUGAAUAGCAAGAACUUUGACAGAAAACACAUAGGUAAGAUACUUGGCCUCCUCCAAGCUGUAUUUGGAUUAAGCCCUGCAAUAUUCAGCGCUCUCUAUGGAGGAUUGUUUGUUCAAGGACACAUUGAAGAUGCAGAGAAUCAAAAGCUUGGAGAGUUUUUGCUUAUGCUAGCCAUAUUAUCAGCUUCUAUAAAUACAUUCGGUGUUGUGAUGCUAAAAACGCUUCCUGAAGUAACAGCUGAACAUAAUAUUGAACUAUCAGAAUCAUCUAAUACAAAUGAAAAUGAAGUAGCAGGAAGAAAUACACUCGAAAAUGUUACACACAACGAUGCUAGCGUUGAAAUAAAUGAAAAAACUCCAAUUGCUGGAAAAAAGACAACUUAUCUACUCUUUGAAGAUAUGAAGUGGUGGCAAAUCAUUAAAACACCUCAGUUUUAUAACAUAUUUUUUAUCUGCAUAAUAACUGGGGGCACUGGUGGAACUAUUACAAAUAAUAUCACAAGUAUUUCAAAAUCUGCACAAGUUAACAUUAAUCCAAUGGCCUUCACAUUUUCAAUACCGAUCUUUGCAUCAAUUGGGCGAUUACUUGGUGGAGUGGCACAAGAUUACGUUUCACAAAAAUGGCCAGACAUUCCCAAAUCAUCAACUCUUUUAUUCCCUGUAAUACUCAUGUGUAUUAGUCAAAUAAUUUUGGUAUUUUUUAAUCAAUCCUUUGCUGGUUUGAUGUGUGCAUCUGCAAUGGCAGCCGUAGCCUUUGCCUUUCUUUAUAUACAAGUAACUAUUAUUGCUGUUGAUCUAUUUGGUAUGAAAUAUUAUGCACAAAACUUUGGUCUCAUGAUGGUCGGACAUGCGAUUGGAAUCGUUUUAUUUCAAAAGCUUUUUGGUUUGAAUUAUGAAACCUAUAGUCCACCUGGAUCACAAACUUGUUAUGGAGAAUCAUGUACUCUGUGGUUUUUUGUGCUGACAUCUAUCUUAUGUACAUGUGCAACUUUUUUUAAUUUAUGUCUUAUGAAAAUUGAAAGGGAUAAAAGAUUGCAAUAUGAAGAGUCACGAGACUCUUAGAAACCAGUACAUUAAGAAAUGGGACAGCUAUUGUAAAUUGUACCUCAAUAUAGCAGAACCUGUCAGGUGAAAAACUCCAGAUAAGGAAUUUCCCAAAGUCUAGAUAACCAUUGUUUUAAUGUCAGUGAACUGAACCUCUGUAAAUGAAACACUCCAAAGUCCAGUUAUCCAUUACCUUAUUAUAAGUGAACCUGUGUAAGUUGAACACAUCCAUAAGUGGAACACUUAAAAUUCCAGAUAUCCAUUAACUUAAUGUAAAUGAACCUCCGUAUGUGGAACAUAUCCCACGUUGAACAAUAUUUUGAUUUACCGAAGUAGUAACUUUCUUGUCCUAUACCUAAUUGUUGAUUUUUCAUAUUAUACAGAGCACCCUUUUUAAUUAAUUGUACU